AAAAACAAUUUAGCAAGAAAAAAUGAGAAAUUUACAUCAUUUUUCACUCUUUUUGUUGGCGCUUUUACUUGUCCCUUGCACGAGCCAACAAUAUGCUUGCGACAAAAAAGUCCUUGAUGUUAAAAAAUUCUUGUUCUGUGACAAAUCUUUAUCUCAUUCUGCUCGUGCUAAGGACUGUUCCCGCCUAAGUUUAAGCGAAAAGGCCCAACAACUAGUGAAUUCAGCUAGGGGGAUCCCUAGACUAGGAGUACCGGCUUAUGAAUGGUGGUCGGAGGCUCUCCAUGGAGUCUCUAACACUGGCGCGGGUGUACACUUCAAUGAAACAGUACCAGGUGCUACAAGCUUCCCAGCAGUUUUACUGUCUGCAGCAAGCUUUAAUGCAUCAUUAUGGUACAUGAUAGGCCAAGUUGUGUCAACUGAGGCUCGCGCCAUGUACAAUGUGGGCCUUGCUGGGCUCACAUAUUGGAGUCCAAAUGUGAAUGUAUAUAGGGACCCAAGAUGGGGUCGAGGACAAGAGACCCCGGGAGAGGAUCCUUCGGUUGUCAGCAAAUAUGCUGUCAGUUAUGUCAGAGGUCUACAAGAGACCGAUAGUCAUGGUUCUCGAGACAUGCUUAAGGUUUCGAGUUGUUGUAAGCAUUAUACUGCUUAUGAUGUCGAUAAUUGGAAGGGUGUUGAUCGAUUUCACUUUGAUGCAAAGGUUAGUUUACAGGACAUGGAGGAUACAUAUCAGCCACCAUUUAGGAGCUGCGUCGAGAAGGGGCAUGUUAGUAGUGUCAUGUGCUCAUACAACCGAGUUAAUGGAGUUCCAACCUGUGCUAACCCGAACCUACUUAAAGGAAUAGUCAGAGAACAAUGGGGUUUAGAUGGUUAUGUGGUUACGGAUUGUGAUUCUAUCCAAGUGUACUAUGAGUCUAUCAAAUACACAACUACACCAGAGGAUGCAGUAGCCCUUGCAUUGAAAGCAGGAGUAAACAUGAACUGUGGAGAUUAUCUAAGAAGGUAUACAGAAAAAGCUGUCAAUGAGAGAAAAGUCGAGGAAUCGGUUGUAGACCAGGCUCUGAUAUACAACUAUAUGGUCUUAAUGAGACUCGGGUUUUUUGAUGGGAACCCGAGAAAACUUCCCUUCGGUAAACUAGACCCAUCUGAUGUUUGUACGAGAAGUCACAAAAAAUUGGCCCUAGAUGCUGCAAAACAAGGAGUAGUAUUGCUUGAAAACAAAGGAUCAUUUCUUCCAUUGUCCUCAAAACAAAUCAAAAAAUUAGCCCUUAUUGGCCCUAAUGCUAAUGCCACAAAAACCAUGAUAAGCAACUAUGCUGGUGUCCCAUGUAGGUAUACUAGCCCUCUACAAGGACUUAAGAAGUAUGUUAAGAAGGUUAGUUAUGAACCGGGGUGCCAAAGUGUGAGUUGUCCGAGAAGUUUAUCUAUCAAUGCUGCGGUUAAAGUGGCAGCAAGUGCUGAUGCGGUGGUUCUAGUCGUGGGGCUUGAUCAGUCGGUUGAAGCAGAGGGACUAGACCGUGUGAACUUGACAUUACCCGGAUACCAAAAGAUGCUUGUAGAGAAGGUUGCUGGUUCAAGCAAAGCAGUUGUUCUUGUGAUCAUGUCAGCUGGUCCAGUUGAUGUGUCGUUUACACGUAAAUUUAGUAACAUUCGAGCAAUUCUCUGGGUCGGUUACCCUGGCCAAGAUGGAGGAGAAGCCAUUGCUCAAAUCAUUUUUGGGCAUCACAAUCCAAGUGGAAGGACCCCAAUGACAUGGUACAAGCAAAACUAUGCAGACCAAGUUCCAAUGACAGACAUGAACAUGAGAGCAGACAAAACAAGACGAUAUCCUGGUAGAACCUACAGAUUCUACACCGGGAAACCUCUUUAUAAGUUCGGUCAUGGACUAAGCUACACUCAUUUCACCAAGUUCUUACUAUCUGCUCCAUCAGUAGUAACUAUUGAGCCAUCACUAGACAAGCAGGAACUCAGCCGAGCCAACCAAAUUCUCGGUCUUAGCACGAAUAAGACCAACUGCAAGACCAUUGACAUAUCAGAAGUAAACUGCAAGAAGCUAGAAUUUGUUGUUGCAACAGGGGUUAUAAACACAGGAAAGCUGGAUGGAGGGCACGUUGUGCUCGUGUUUUGGAAGCCACCCAUGUGGAGUGGGAUCAAGGGAGCCCCUAAUACGCAGCUCGUAGGAUUCGAGCGAGUGGAUGUGAAGGCAGGUAAGACUGAGAUGGGUAUAGUAAAGCUAAAUGUGUGUGAAGCAUUCAGUUUGGUAGAUGAACAAGGGACUAAAAAGUUGGUUACUGGUAUUCAUACACUAGUAAUUGGUGCUCCUAGUGAACAAGUUAUCCAUCAUUUUAGUAUUGGUGUGCAUAGUAACAUUAAAGAUCACUAAAAUAUGGAGUUUGUAGCAAAUUAAGACUUUGAGGUUUAGGUCUUUUACGAAUUACAGCGUUGAAGUUUUUUUUCGAAUUAUAGCUUCUAAAGUAUCAAUGUCUACAACGUUUAGGCUGAAUUACGGAUUAUGGUUAAGAGAUUAAAAUUAUGUGAUUUGGCCUGAACGUUGUAGGCAUUGAAACUCUGGUUGAUUUAAUUCACAAAAGAAAUAUUAUGGUUGUGAUUUGUAAAAGGGCUAAAUGUUAAGGCUGUAAUUCAUGAAUUAUUCAUGUUGUUAUAUAGGACAAACAUGAUUGUGUUAAAGAUUUAUAACGAUUAAAUAAAGAAUCUCUUGACGCUUUUAAUAUGCUUGUAUUCAUCUAAUACACUAGUGUAGCUCCAUUGAAGACUAGAUUGUAUGAUGUGUGGCCUCCAAAUGGUAUAUCUAU